AUUGAAACGGACUCCCUCUCUCAGCAGCAUGUGAAACACCGGAGGGUGGUUCCAGUGCAGCCCCUGCCUGGAUGGGAAUCUCUAUUAUUUCCAGCUGUGGAUGGAAACUAUUACUGAGCAGCUUCUCCCUGAUGAGCUUUAAAGUACAAGCUCACACACGAUAAACACAGAGCCGUGUUCAACGUAUAUGUGCAUGCCCACGGACAGCCAGUCAAACAUUCAGACAUUCAGAGCUCGGACUGAAUCAUUCAGCACAGAUAAAAGCCACCCUGUUGUCCUCAAAAAGAAGAAAAAAAAAAGAACAAGAGGGAGGGGGAAAGAAGGGAGAGAGGAGUGGUGGAUGUGAGGUUCACUCCUUCCUUUUCAUUCACUUCCUCUCGUCUGCAGAGCUGUGGGGACAUCGCUGUGCAGCCGGCACUCGUCUAUCCUUCAUGCUGAGAGCAAAAUAUUGAUCUCUGCCACAGAGGAACCAUAACUGAUCAUAUGCAGACUCAGCAAAGUGCGGAAGUAGCGGGCCAUCCAAAUGGCUCCCAGAGUUAUCUUUCUGGGAAGCUUGACAUUUCUUCAAGCCAGCACAUCCUGACUUCUCCAGAGCAUGUGGUGGUCAUCUCCCCUGGACUCCCUUCUCCUCCGCUGAGUCCGUUUCGCUCCACAGGAUUGACAUCUGGCGCUGUGAAGGAGCCAGAGCUUAAUGGAGGAGGUCCAGUGACUCCGAGUUAUGGAUCGUACUAUGGACCUUCACAGUCGCAAGGCGAACUGUCCAAUGGAGUCCAGGGCUCUUCCACUUUGCCGCAGAGCUGGGUACCAAAUAACGAGGGGAAGCUUAUUAAGUUCUCAGGAAUUGGUCCAGUGGAUGAGACCGGGAUGCCCAUUGCGUCGAGAUCGAGCGUGAACAAGCCCAGAGACUGGUACAGGAGCAUGUUCAGACAGAUUCACAAGAAGCCUGAGGAACCAGAGGACUCAGAGCGGUGGUCACCAGAACGGCUCCAGUCAUCUGCAGAGAGAGGAAAAAUCAUAGAAGAAGACAAGAAUCUCUUUAGACUGACGCCUUACGGAUCCCUGCCCGAUUGGAGCGAAGAUGUAGAUAAGCUGUCUGACCCUGGAAAGCAACAACCUCAACCCAAGAGCAUAUUUGACUUUGAGCCUGACAGGAGCUCCGCUUCAGUGAGUAACAGCCAGGUUCAUUUGUCCCAGAAGAGACAGCCUGAGAAACCAGCAUCCCUUUCCAUUGAGGCCAGUCUGCAGUCUGAGCUGAGCCAGUUCGAAGCUGAGCUGGACUCGGAGAUUCAGGGUCUGGAGAGGACACUUUCUCAGAAGAAGCAGCGUCGAGGCCGGGGUGAGGAGGCCACAGGCAGGGAUCCACUGGCUCCAAAGGCUAGCACCACCAACCACAGCAAUCUGUUAGCAUCUAAGCAACCCAUCCAGCGCUCUGGUUUCUUACCAUCAACUUCUGUUCCUGCACAUGUAGGACGUCUCUCCUCUGCAAAUGAAAGUAUGGAGCCUUCAUCAAAAAAAGAGGAGAAAAAGAUGAAAGCUGCAAGAGUCAAGUUUGAUUUCCAGGCUCAGUCACCCAGGGAGCUCACACUGCAGAAAGGCGACAUUGUUUACAUCCACAGGCAGGUAGAUGCCAAUUGGUUUGAAGGGGAGCAUCAUGGGAGAGCUGGCAUUUUCCCGACUUCUUAUGUGGAGGUUCUACCUCCCACAGAGAAACCGACACCAAUCAAGUCUCCUACUCUCCAGGUGUUGGAGUAUGGAGAAGCUCUAGCUCUAUAUAACUUCAAUGCUGACCUUCCUGUUGAGCUUUCCUUUCGCAAAGGCGAAGUGAUCUGCAUAACCAGGCAAGUUGACGAUAAGUGGUUGGAGGGCAGGAUCUCUGGAACGAACCGUAGCGGCAUCUUCCCAGCCAGUUACGUCCAGGUCAACAAGAUGCCCCGCACCAAAUACUCCACGGAUGACUACUCAGCGGGCCCCAUGUCUCCUGGACCGCAGAGUCCGGGGCGUCCACUCCACUCCCCGUCCCCGCGAUCACCACUGAUUCCUUUCACACCACCUUCCCUCAGCCCCAAACUUGAGCACUCCCCUCUGAAACCAUCUUCACCUGUCCCGUAUGGCGGCCCGGGCUCACAGUCACGCUCCCCCAACCAGACACUGUCACACCAUCGACUUCCCCAUGGCACCCCCAGUGCGGCUUCUCCCACCAACCAGAACAGCAACCUGGUCGCAGCACACUCCACAUUUAGAGCAGCUUCACCUUCUACUCAGUCUUCAGCAUCUGUGCACAGAGUGGCAGCUCCUUCAGUGAGCACUCCCAGAUACACUGGUCCCUCACAGGGUGCAAUACCAAGCCCGUACACUCCCUUGAAUGCGCAUGUCAACUCACAGAGCAAUCCUUGUUCAAUAGAGGGGCAACGUCAACCGUAUAAAGCUGUUUACAACUACAAACCCCAGAAUGCAGAUGAGCUGGAGCUCAGAGAAGGGGACAUUGUGCAAGUGAUGGAAAAAUGUGAUGACGGCUGGUUUGUAGGUACGUCAGAACGGACUCAUACUUUUGGGACUUUUCCUGGGAAUUACGUGACACCAGUCUGACUUCCUCACUCGCUGCUUGCCAAUAUUCAGUGGGACUGAUGAGCGUAGCUAAUGAACAUUUCCUUGUCCCUUUUAUUGCUUAUGUUUUGUGGAGUUUGCAUGUGCACUCUAUUUUCCAGAAGAGAAGGGAGGGACACUGUGUGGUUUCUCUCCUCACUGUCCUGCAUGUGUGAGCACAUACUGAAUGCGAGCGUGUGUUGCACAGUGACUUCAGGAGCGUUUUUUUACACUUUAGAUCGACACUGAUGUGACUGAUUCUUAUGCACAAAACGAACAUUUUAGUUUCCUUAUUCCACAACUUUUUGCAGCUGCAGAAAAUCUGCAUCCCUUCCCACUGAACAGCACUAUUCCCUCCGAGGUCCUUAAACAGCACACCGCUGCACUCAGCCUUUUGUCACCACAGUGCCUACACAAACCACGACUGGGAUGUAAAAACAAAGAUAGAGAGUUUUGUAGCGUUUUCCUGAGUUAUUAAUAUUUCUUUCACAUAUUUUCCCCCAGAUUUUCUUUCAGAUGUCUGAAAUAACUGCAGCAGUUUUUGAAGAAGCAUCACAAUCGACUUUAGGACAGUAAGGGCUUUGACAUACCAUCAUCUGUUUACUGCCCGUGAAUAAAUCACACCAAGUCUGUGGUGUAAUUCAUGCAAUAGUUUAUUUGAUUACAGCAAAGUGCUUGGCUGUUGUUUUCUGCCUGAUAGUGAAAAGUAAAUAUCUCCAUCAUAUUCUCUGCUUUCAAAUACAUUUUCAUGUAUGCUACAGCUGCAGCUGUGUUAAAGAGGUUGGAUCAAGAAUACUCUGAUGGUUAAAUUAUCCUUUGAAGUGCUAAAUUUAAUGCUGUAUGUGAUGUGCCAAAAGUAGCUGAGGACGACAUGCGUCUGUUCAAAAGUCCGUGAAACAUUCCCAGCUCACUCUCUGCUAUGUUUGCAACAGCUGCUUUUGUGAUAUUUUUCUUUGAUGUUUUUACAUUGUUAUUUGAAAGCAGUAUUCAAGAAAAUGAUCUGUUUUUGGUUCAAGUGUAACUUGAUAGGUUAAUAAGACUUUAUCUAAAAAUAGACUCAACUUUAAGUGAAAGUUUCACUGUAAAAAAUGAUUUUCAUUUACUAGCCACCUGAGAUGAUUGUACAGAUUGCAACAGUUGUAAAACUGAAAGGAUAAUAUAUAUUUGCUUAAAAAGAACAGUGUAUUGCAUAUCUAUGGUACGCAAUUUAUAUUAAAGUUGAUUAAAUAUCACAGUGAUAAAAAGCGA